AAAGCCUCGCUUCAAUUAUUGAUUUUUUUACACCAAAAUGGUUUUAAUAUCCAAGAUCCCGACUAUAGAUGAACCAGAAACUGGAAUCGUUCAGUUUUUGUUCGCCAAUAAAUACAAGAUUCCAGAAAAUAGGCCUCUUUUGAUUGAUGCUCUGGACACCAACCGAUUUCUCACUUUUGCCCAGAUCAAGAAAUUAACGCUUCAAUUUGCUGCUGGUUUACAAGAUAUCUGUGAAUUUGGUAAAGGCGAUGUCCUAGCAAUUUUUUCUCCAAACCAGUACGACUUUUUUAUACCUGUUUAUGGUGCUGUUGCUGCGGGUGGUAUAACAACAACAGUGAAUCCCACUUACAAUAUUGAGGAAUUGCAUUAUCAAUUAUCACAGACCAAAGCCAAAGUACUCAUCUGUCAUGAAGACAAUAUCAAAGUAGCUCUAGCUGCAGGCUCUCAAGCUGGUCUUAAUAAAACCAACAUUUUUGUUUUUGGUGAUAAGAUGGUCGAUAAUAUACAUCCAUUUCAAAGUGUUUUGAUUGGAGAACGCGAAGCAGUUCUUGAAGAUCUUACCCCUGAACAAUGUAAAGAGACGAUUGCUCUACUAUGCUUUUCUUCCGGAACGAGUGGUAGAAGUAAAGGUGUGAUGACCACUCAUGCAAAUCUUACAUCAAAUAUUACUCAAUAUGCUGCAUUUGACGAAAACGUAUUUAACAGCAAGGAGUCCAAUCGUAUGCUUACGGUACUGCCGUUUUAUCACUCUUUUGGCCUAUUAGUGAAUCUAAACUAUGGGUUGCAUUUCGGUACACCUAAUUAUGUUUUGAAACGUUUUGAUAUUUUCAGCUUUUGCAAAGCUGUUCAAGAUCACAAAAUUACUUUUACCACGGUUGUUCCACCAAUAUGUCUUUCGAUCGCAAAACAUGACAUUGUACCAAAUUAUGACUUGACAUCCUUAAAAUCUGCUUAUAGUGGUGCUGCACCAUUAGGUCCGGAACUAUGGAAAGAAACAAUGUCGCGGCUUCCUAAUCUUAAACUUAGACAGCUUUAUGGACUAACAGAGACAUCGCCUGUGGCUAUGAUUCAACCAGAGAAUAAGAUGCUUGCUGGAUCGGCUGGUUUACUUUUUCCCAAUAUGACUGCAAAGAUUGUGGAUGAUGACGGAAAUGAGGUGACCAAGUAUGGUGAACGAGGAGAAUUAUUGAUUAAAGGUCCCAACAUCAUGAAGGGCUACCUCAAUAAUCCUGAAGCAACUGCUGAAUCUAUUGAUAGCGAUGGAUACUUUCAUACAGGAGAUAUCGUGUUAAUUAAUGAAGAGGAGCAUUUUUUUAUAGUGGACAGAAAAAAAGAAUUGAUCAAAUAUAAGGGAUUUCCUGUAGCACCUGCUGAAAUUGAAAGUGUCUUGCUGUCAAAUCCUAUCAUUGCUGAUUGUGCAGUUAUUGGUGUCUAUGAUAAUACACAAGCUACUGAAAUUAUAAGAGCCUAUGUGACUUUGAAAGAUCAAUCCACCGCGUCGGAGGAAGUUGGAAAGUCAAUCAUGAAGUUCGUCGCGGAAAAAGUUGUGCAUUAUAAGCAGGUACGCAAGAUUUAUUUUGUCGCUGAAAUUCCAAGAAAUCCCUCUGGCAAAAUUCUCCGCAGACUAUUACGGGAUACCGCUCAACUUGAAAACAAAAAAGAGGAAAUCAACAAAUCUAAAUUGUAGAUGUAAUAAAUGCUCUUUUAC